AUUGCCGGACACAUAGCGUUGGACCGGGAGGUGGAGACAAUUGUAAAGCAAAUUAGUGUCAAUCUUAUUGUUUUGGACCAACAUUUUCCCCUACCAUAUGUCGAGGGCUGUGGUAUACCGAUUGUGUGGGUCCGCAGCGGUAACCCAUUGAUGCUGUUGGACGACGAGCGCACACCACCAGCUUUUUCGGGUUUACCGAUUACUGGCAAUAAGAGUGAAUGGAAACGCUUUCGCGAACUGCGGGUCAACGCCGAGGACAGGGAGGCCUGGAGUCGACUAAAUGAUUACAUUAUUAGCCGCGGCUGUGCGCCAAUAAACCGGGACAUUCUGUUUAAUCCUAAUAUAUCC